AUGGCCGCCGGCUCGCUGCGGUCCGUUCGUCCCGGCCGCGACGGGAAAGCGAGUGAGGGCCGGGCGGGACCGGGCCGCCCCUCCGGCGCUGCUGGGAGAGGCGGGGGCGCCUUCCUGCCGGGCGGGGGCGGAGGCGGGGCGGGCCCCGGUGGGAGGGCUGAGCGGCGCCGGGUCCGCCGCCGGGGCGACGGCUUGGGGGCGGGGAGGCGGAUCGGGUUGCUGUACCGGCGGUAUCCCGCGAGUAACGGGAAGGAGCGCGGAACAAAGGGUUACGGCGGGAGGCUCGUGCCGCUCUGGAAGCGCGGAGCAACCCAGCGAUGCACCUCUCACGCCCGCUUUGUUCUGCGCGCGGCUGCGCGCUAG